AAUAAAAAACUAUUUCAUAAAAAUUGUUUUAAUCUUAAGUAAAAAAUAAUCUCUAAAUUCGAUAUGAGUUUUAACGAUAAUAGUAAUACUUUGGUUACUAAUCAUUACAAAAUUAAAAUUAAUAAUAUAAAGAUUAAUUGCUAUGAAUUUUAGACUUAGCCUCCUAUUGAUCCUCUUUUGCUUAACCGUAAGUCAAGAUACAUCUCAAGAGUUUUCAACAAAAAGAUAAAAGAAAUAUUUAGUACCUUUAUUAUUGGGUCUUAACUUAUUUACUCUCCUAUUGAUUUGCAUAAUAAAGUCAGUCUUGGAACCUUUGAUUUUGUAUCCCCUAAGACUGAUGGGUGUGAGUCCUUCACUUAAGAGCUUGAAGUUUUCUUAGUAAAGAAAAAAGAUAUUGUUGGAUAAUAGCUUGAAGAGGAAAAUAAAGAACUUCAAAAUAUAUUGGGAUAGCUAAUGAGAAACUUCUAAAAUAACACUAAAGGGUUUUAAUAGCUUGGUGCUACUAAGAGGUUUGCUAUGAAUGUUAUAAAAAAUAUCUCUAAUGGCCUUGAAGCAGUUCUCGGAGUUGAAACUUUCUUCAAAUUUAGUCCUCAAACAGGAUUUUAACUUUCAGUAGAUUACUGUAUCAAAGUUAUUAACAACACAUCUGUUUAUGAUUUCUUAAAAAAAUCUAUGUCUUAAGGAGCAGAUAGUAUCCAAGAAAAAAUGUAAAACUGUGUAGUUAUUAGUAAUUAUGGAGAUAAAAAAUUGUACAAGGUUAAUGGAGUAGCGUUUGAUUUAAAUCCUAAUUCUUUCUUUGAAAUGAGGGAUCCUAAUGAAUCUACUGGUAAAAAGAAAAUAUCAUUCGUUUAAUACUAUGAGCUCGUCCAUAACAUCAGAAUUAGAGAUAAUAGAUAGCCUCUUCUUAUAGUUGAAAAGAAAAGAAGAUAAAAUAAAAGAGCUAAUUAAGAAGGAAAACCAUAAUAAGAAACUCCUAAAAUCUAUUUAAUACCAGAGUUAUGCUAAAUGACUGGCAUUCCUGAUGAACUUCAAAAUGACUUUAUGCUCAAGAAAGCUAUAACACAAGUUUCCUAGCCCAAACCUUAAGAGAGAUCUUAGCACUGUGGAAAUUAUGUCUCAGCUCUAAUACACUAAAACUAAAAGGCUCUAAGUGAAUGGGGCAUUUAACUAAGCUAAAAUGACCCUGUUAAAGCUCGUUAUCAAGUUAUCCAACCAGGAUGUAUUCUUAUGAAUUAAAAUAGAGAAAUUAACAUUUAUGGAGAAAAAUAACUAGAUAGAAAAAUUUAAGAUAGAAUGUACCAGCCUUGCUACCUCAAGAAGUGGUGUGCCAUUUGUCACAAAUCUGAUCAAUAAUUGGCUGGCUAGUUCAUGUCAACACUGAAGAAUAGAAUGCAAGCUCAUGGGAUAGGAUAUAAUGAACCUAAUUAUUUUACUGUUGAAGGUUAAUCACAAGAUGAACUCAAAAGGCUUAUCGAUUCAUUCCCACCUGAUGUUGAUUUUAUUGUAUUUAUAUUGCAAGGAGCCAAAGGAAAAGGCAAAAAUUAUUAGUACCUAAAAUCUUUUUUGUUAAAAGAAAAACCUAUUCCUAGCUAGAUGAUUCUUUAAGGUACUAUCAAGAGCAGUAAAGAUGGUUGCUAAGUUAUUUGUAACAAGAUAUGCAAUCAAAUAUGUAUUAAAGUUGGAGGAAUACCUUACAUCAUCAAAGAUCUUCCAUUUAGUAAUCUUCCUACUAUGCUUGUUGGUAUAGAUUACAUCCGCAAAGAAAACUAAAAAUCAGUUUAUUCAUUUGUUGCUUCAGUUGACAGUACAUUCUGUAAAUUUUUUUCAGGUGCUUAACUUUUAGACGCUUAAGACUAAAAUAACAAAUUUGUUGACAAGCUUUUGCAAGCAAGUCUUACUUAAUUUAAAUAAAAAAAUGGAAUACUGCCUUAACGUGUUAUAAUUUAUAGAUAAGCUGCUAACAAUAUAUUGAACGAGCCUCUAAAGGAAGAAAUUGCAAUCAUGAAAAAAUGCCUAUCAGAAAUGGAAAUGUCUUAAUGCAAGAUCCACAUAGUUGGUGUUAACAGUAGUGAUAAGACUAAAUUUUUCAAUGAAGAUUACUCUAAUCCAGCUUAAGGAACUGUCAUUAGUUAAGAUGUAGUAUCAUCGUAAGGAGAUUUCUUCUUGGUGUCUCAAAGAUCUAUGCAAGGAACUGCAUAACCUAUGAUGUACAAAGAGAUUUACAGUGAUUAUGAAGGUAUGGAAUUAGAAUAAAUAAGGACUUAACUUCAUACCUUGACCUAUAGGAUGAGUUAUCUUUUCUACAAUUUCACUGGAGCAAUCAAGAUACCAAGCAUCUUGAAGUAUGCUGAAUAGUAAACUAAAUUCAUGAAAAACAACUUUGAGAACUUGAAUAAGAUGGACCCUCAAACACUCCUCAGCUAGAAGAUGUGUGAUAAGAAUUCUACAUUCUAUAUUUGA